GCAUGAGACCACCGUGGCACAACUGCAUGUAUAUUCAUUCUUGAAGCAAUUGCACACUUUAUUGGCUGACAAUCUUGGCAUUUUUAGCAAAAACAAAAUAUAAAGACACAGGACUUCUGUGUUUGAGUUGUUAAAACUUUUGGGGUGUCAUCUGAUGGAGCCUUCUGGUGGUGAACAAUUUUAUGAUGACCCCGACCUUGGAGGCAAGUUUCAAGAUCAAGAGGCCAAAAGGCAGCAUGAGUCAGAGCAAAAGUUGUCUAAAAUUACCCAUAAUGCCUUGGAGAAUAUUAAUGUGAUUGGUCAAGGCUUGAAGCACCUCUUCCAGCACCAGCGCAGGAGGUCCUCAGUGUCUCCACAUGAUGUGCAGCAAGCUCAGGUUGAUAUGGAGCCUGAAAUGGAUUUGGAAAGCCAAAGCACAUGUGCAGAAAUUGAUGGUAUGUCUACCCAUCCUACAGCUCUGAACAGAGUUCUUCAGCAAAUCAGAGUUCCACCUAAAAUGAAGAGAGGAACAAGCUUGCAUAGCAAGCGGGGCAAGUCAGAUCCUCCAAAGGGAAGCCCUCAGAUCAACCGGAAGUCCACCCAGGAUAUUCAUUCAGGUCGACCCAGAUCCUCAUCAACUACUGAUGCUCCUACUAACUUAUCUGUGCUAGAGAUGGCAUCUCCUGUCUAUGCAGCUGGUGAAGAGGUUGUGUCAGCAGAAAGGAUCGAAAGGUUAGAUGUAAGCAGCCUAGCACAAACAUCUAGUGCAGUGGCCUCAAGCACAGACUGCAGCAUCAAUGCAGACUCUGUUGAUGGAACACCAGAUCCACAGCGCACAAAAGUGGCCAUCACCCACCUGCAGCAAAAGAUACUGAAGCUGACAGAGCAAAUCAAAAUAGAGCAAACUGCUCGGGAUGAUAAUGUGGCAGAGUACCUGAAAUUAGCCAACAAUGCUGACAAGCAACAGAGUGCCCGUAUCAAGCAAGUGUUUGAGAAGAAGAACCAGAAGUCAGCCCAAACGAUCCUCCAGCUGCAGAAAAAGUUAGAGCACUACCAUCGAAAGUUGCGAGAGAUUGAACAGAAUGGCAUCCCUCGACAACCAAAAGAUGUCUUGAGAGAUAUGCACCAGGGGCUGAAGGAUGUGGGGGCAAAGGUCACUGGCUUCAGCGAAGGAGUGGUAGAUAGCGUCAAAGGUGGACUUUCUAGUUUCUCCCAGGCAACACAUUCAGCAGCAGGUGCUGUUGUUUCCAAACCCCGGGAGAUUGCCUCACUCAUUAGGAACAAAUUUGGAAGUGCAGACAAUAUAGCUAACCUGAAGGACUCUUUGGAAGAAGGUCAAGAAGAUGGGACUGGGGGAAAGACUUUAGGAGUUCAUAACUUUCAGUCAAGCCCCAAAUAUGGUAGUGAAGAAGAUUGUUCCAGUGCCACAUCAGGCUCUGUGGGAGCCAAUAGCACCACAGGGGUCCCCAUGGGGGCACCAAGCUCCAAAACAAACACUCUGGAUAUGCAGAGCUCAGGGUUUGAUGCAAUAAUCCAUGAGAUUCAAGAGAUCAGAGAGAAUCAAGGGCGACUGGAGGAAUCCUUUGAGAACCUCAAGGCUCUAUAUCAGAGGGAUUAUUCCUUGAUAAUGCAGGCUUUGCAGGAAGAGAGAUACAGAUGUGAGCGGUUAGAAGAGCAGCUGAAUGACCUGACUGAGCUCCACCAGAAUGAGAUCCUCAAUUUGAAGCAGGAAUUGGCCAGCAUGGAGGAAAAAAUAGCUUAUCAGUCCUACGAGCGAGCCAGAGACAUUCAGGAGGCAUUAGAGGCAUGUCAGACCAGAAUCUCAAAGAUGGAACUGCAGCAACAGCAGCAGCAAGUUGUCCAGUUGGAGGGCCUUGAAAACGCCACUGCCAGAAACCUUCUGGGCAAACUUAUCAACAUCCUCUUGGCUGUCAUGGCUGUUUUGUUGGUCUUUGUCUCUACCGUGGCUAACUGUGUAGUCCCCCUCAUGAAAACUCGCAGCAGGACGUUCAGCACUUUAUUUGUAGUGGUCUUCAUUGCCUUUUUGUGGAAGCACUGGGAUGCCAUUUCUGGCUACUUGGAACGAUUCUUUUCACCCCCUAGAUGAUGUCAAGAAGAACUGGCUGUUGCCCCACCCACUCCAGUUUGCUCUGGCAAGUGAGCGCGGCAAAGCUUAGCAACACCUUCCUCCACUGAAGUUUUAAAGUGUCAGAGUGUGAAUUUGUUUACAGUUAAAAUAACGUUUUCUCUCUAUGAGAUGCAUUGGCAAUAGUAUUUUUUAGAUUUUAUUCAAGAGCUCUUUUUGGCAGAAAUCCUGGAUAAUUUUUAUGUAGCAUGGUUCUCUUUGGAUGCAAAUCUUAAGAUUACUUAAAUGUACAAAAUAAAAACAUCGAGUUGGAGCACA